AUGAUCGGUCCGUCAUGGGCACAGCUUUGCGGGAUCGCCCUGCUGCUUUUGAAUGUGCCUUCAGCAGCGCACGCGCUGGAUAUUAAAGUGGAUGACCGAGGUAGCUCAAUUGAAGAACCCCCAGAGAAAGAAACAGACUUGCUGAUGGUGAUAUGGUUAGACUCGGUCAUCAAAGCAGGAAAGGAUGUCGCGGCUCCCAUGAUGAAAUUCUAUCACCAGAACGUGUCGGUCACAGGCAUUCCCGGCAAGCUCGACGAGACGUGGUAUGUCGCGGCUUCUAUGUUUAUGACAUGGAUCCAAUUUGCGUCCGCCUCCAAUGUCGACACAUAUGACGACGUGGUGUCACACGACCUCAUGUUCCAAGCCGGCGACGAUUAUAAUUAUUUCGAUAGCAAUUACAGUAAGGACAUCGGAAACGAUGACCAAAUGUUCUGGGGUCUGGCGACUAUUACUGCCUCUGAAACAGGAUUCAAAGAGGUCAAGGGUAAACCCUCAUGGACUUCGCUUGCACGAGCCGUGUUCAACAUGAUGGCAGACCGCUGGGAUGGAGAAUGUGGUGGUGGCUCGCGAUGGCAAAUCUGGCAGAUCAAAAACGGCUUCAACCUGAAGAAUUCCAUCUCGAAUGGCGGCUUUUUUGCCCUGGCAGCACGACUCGGUUUAUUUACCAAGAACGAGACCUAUGCGGACUGGGCCAACAAAAUCUGGGAUUGGUCCCAAGAUAGUCCGCUGGUGAACAACCAUACCUGGUAUGUUUGCGACUCGACCAACACCGCCGAUGGCUGCAAGGGUGGAGAUCGCACGCAGUGGUCAUACAACUAUGGAUCAUAUAUCCUAGGGGCUGCGUUUAUGUAUAAGCAUACCAAAGGCGACGAUAUCUGGUUGAAGCGAGUGAAUGGGCUCCUGGACACCACAUUCAAAACCUUUUAUCCCAAGAAAUAUGGCGGGAAUAUAGUCUCGGACGUCAAUUGCGAACCCGUUAAUCACUGCAACCGUAAUGAGCUCUGCUUUAAAGGGUACUUAUCGAUGUGGCUUGCUAGCACGGCGAUUCUCGUUCCUUCAACGCAUGACCGGAUCCUUCCUAAAUUGCAAGGGUCGCUUGAAGCAAUAGCAAAGAUUUGCUCCGGGGAGUCCGACGAUCUUUGUGGGAUGCGGUGGUACGAAGACCACUGGGACGGAAUGAAAGGAAUGGAGGUUCAAAUGGCCGCCUUGGGAGGUAUUACGGGCAGACUAAUGCUGAUGGGUGACGUCAAAGGACCGAAGAAUAUUGAUACCAAUCCCGGUGGGAAGGAGGAGGCUAUUGACACUGAUGGCAAUAGCUCCAAGGAUAUCAGUUCUCGCCGUAUCACCACAGGCGAUAAGGCGGGUGCUUGGAUUUUCGGGGUCCUUACAAUGGCAUUGGCAGUUGGCGGGGCAGUAUGGCUGCUAUGGGCAGCAUAG